AGCAAGGAGCGAGCCAGGCGGACUCAUUUUAAGAGCGAAAUGUGGGUGAAAGCGGUGAAAGCUGAAAGGCUGAUAGGGUAUGGUUUCCGAUUGUAGAGGCGUUGCUUUCAAUCGGCUGGAGGUGCAAUAUUCCAGUCACCAAUUCAGCUGCCGUGAAAAUACACAACGAGCUCGAUUUUUACUCUUUUAUGUUUGAAGUUACUUCUUCGGUGCUGAAAUGAGAGGUUGCGGAAAGUCAGCUGAUGCGUAACAUCAAUAUUAUUUUCCAUUCACACGUCACUCUUCCCAGGAGUCUUUGGGAGAUUUCAUCGGUUGAUGUUGAGAGUACAAGAACAGAUAAUAACUCUCGUAUCGGAUUGUAAUACACCAAACACUACUUUGCUAAAUUCUGAAGCAUAGCAUUUUUCCCUCUGAAUCCAUUGUGUGCCCGCCAACAGAAGAGCCCCUUUGCAUCCACUAUGAAUUUGAUGCCUCUCUCUCUGGGCAGGCCUGUAAAAAGUCAUGGUGGAUGCUAUUCAAGUGAAAUGGCGAGAAUGAAAGCCUCGUCUGGACCAGAAUCAAAGCGACAUCAUGAAAUUAUCAAUUUCAUGAGCAUUCUUCGUGCUGCAUGAUAGCAUGAUGGGCUUUCAUGCGGGCUGGGAAAGCGAGGACUGGUGGGACCCGUUGCGGGUCCACUUUGUCCGGAUUCAGAUCCAAGAUUGGCUUCUUCUCCUGCCGAAUCGGUUGGAGUGUUGGGCCUGGAGUUCUGGACAGCCUCAUCUGAUGCGUAUGAUUUGGUGUCACCCUCCAUCCGGUCGAUUCUGCAUCCAAGUGCUGGGGCGUACCUGGAAAAUGGGCCUUUUAAGUGAUCCACACGAACUGGCGCCCAUGGGUCAGACCUUAAUGCGCCAACAAGUCUGCAUGGGAAUUGAGCCAUCGGAUGAGGCCCUGAGGGACCGCGAAUGUGGUCGGCAUUUUCCGUGGUCGUUGUCAUUUGCUCCCCAAUGCGCCAUGACCGUGGAUAAAUACGAAGUAGUAGGCCUUCAUCCCCAAUGUCCCGCUUGUACAAUGACGAGCCAAUGCCAAGCAUGGGCUGACCACUCCGAUUCUGAUGCACCCAAUACGGAAAAUACGGAAGACAUGGAUAAGCCUGACCUCUUGGCGGAGGUUUUGGCUGGUGACGUACCUGAUCUGUUCCAGGGGGAUCGUUCUGUCGAUGCGAGAGCUACCUCUGGCGUCAUAUCUGGACCGUCGAUUCCGGCGGGUUCAAGCACCGAUUUGAGGCCAAAGAAAAAGACUCUAAGGAGAAGGAGGAGGAGGAAGAGCAGGAGCAGUGAAAGACCGAUUCAAUCCCACACUGAUUCGACCACGGCCCACAGUUUGGCCAAUUCAGCUAUUCAAAAUCCGACAGCUGGGCCCGCCGGUUCCAAGACGGUUGGCUUGGUGUGUCCCAUUUGUCAGAAAGAGUACGGCUUCUUGAACUCGUUUCGCGAUCAUAUGCGACUCGUUCACUUGAAAGGUCAAUUCAAGUGCACGCAUUGUGAUCCCGUCACUAUCCUGGCCUUCCCGUCCCAAGUGGUCCAUCAUUAUCAAAGUGCUCACCCGUCACUCCCCACUCACGCGUUCCGGAUUCAAUGUCCCAAUUGCAAGGAUGUCGUGGAUUUUAGCGAGGAUCUCCCAUCCCUGGCAGUUCAUUAUCAACACUGCGUCAAAGCCAGCAAAAAACGAGCGGGUCUGCGCUACCAACAGAAGCUCAGAUCCAACCAGGCCCAGGGGACGAAACCCGCCUUUGUUUGCGAUGAAUGCGGCAAGAAGUACGCGAGUGCGCGCAGUCUCGACUAUCAUAUCAAGCUCCACCGAGGGCAGGACCUGAUUGCUUGUCCCCGUCCCCAAUGUUCGUAUGAAACGCCGAAUCCCCAUGUCAUGAAGCUCCAUAGCAAGAAGCAUUUGCGGGAAGAGGGUCUUUUGGCCAAGGUCGUGUGCGAUUUGUGCGGCCUAGAAUUGCGGGAUAACGGCUCGCUCAAGCUUCAUAUGGCCACCCAGCAUGACAGCGCCAAGCCGUUGAGUAGCACUUGUGGCCAUUGUCAUAAGACCUUCGCCACAAAGACGGUCAUGCUUCGGCAUAUUCACCGCAUGCAUGACACGAGUGAAGCGUUCAAGUGCGACAAGUGCGGCAAAGGGUUCAGCACCUCGGUUCUAUUGUUGGAGCAUGCCCAAAGAAAUCAUCGGCCUCCGGCGUUCAAGUGCUCGUUUUGCGCUAAAAUGCUCUCAUCCAAAGACAGCUUGAAAUGCCAUGAGCGCCUUCACACGGGUGAGAAUCCGUUCCGAUGUCAAUUGUGCGACUACACUUGCAAAUCAAGCUCUUCAUUGAGCUUGCAUCGCAAAUUCGUUCAUAAAGAGGGCCGAAACUUAUUGGCAACCUAUGACAUGGGCACAACCGUAAACCACUGAGAAUCCCGAGUGGACUGAAUUGGACUGGAUCAAAUUGAUGUACUUUCAUGUAAAUUAAAUAAAUGGAUGACUUGAAUUUUCAAAUAGAGGAUCCGUCUAGUUUAUAAA